AUGUUGUCAGUACCAUCAUUCUCGGCAUCACAAUCCAAUGAUGAGCAGCAGCAACAACAACAACAACAACAACAACAGCAGCAGCAUCAGCAUCAAUCGGCGCUUGUUAUCAAUAUAUCGAAUAAUAUACGAUCAACGGAUAACAACAGUAAUAAUAACAACAAUAACAACAACAAUAGUAAUAACAGUAACAAUAAUGGCGCCAAUGAUAGUGCUACUGUUAGUACCAGUAAUUAUACUCAGGUUAUUAAACCAACAUGUGAAGCAUUUCAAGAAUUAAGCGAACGAUGGCCACCACCACCACCACCACCACCACCACCAUCAUUACCAUCAUCAUCAUCAUUACCACAAUCAUCAUUAUCAUUACCAUCAACGGCAACUAUGCCACAAUCGGUAUUACAACCUUAUCAACCACAUUCUGUUACUGCUACACCAUUUCAGUUGCUAUUUCCGCCAUCUCAACCAGAUUGGACAACCUAUCAUGAGCAUCAUCAGCAUCAUAUUCAUCAACAAUUAUUACAUCAACAACAUAAUCAACAACACCAACAACAACAGCAACAGCAGCAACAGCAGCAACAGCAUCAUCAUCAACAAUUAUCAUUAAUGUCCAUUCCGCAAGUAAUUCCGUCAUCACAUCUUGCAAAUACCGGUAUAAUGGAAAUGAAGCAAGAACCGGAACGUCCGGAUGUCAUACAGCGUCUUUCUGCUGCUGCACCUUCAUCAUGGCCUUAUGCAUUUGCCCAAGAAGAUUUGCCACUCUCAUCAUCACAACUUGCUGAUGAAACGGAUUCCACGUGUUCUGAAGAUUUGGAAGCAUUUGCAAAAACUUUCAAACAACGUCGUAUCAAACUUGGUUAUACGCAAGCUGAUGUUGGUUUAGCGCUUGGUACUCUAUAUGGUAACGUAUUCAGUCAAACUACCAUUUGUCGUUUUGAAGCAUUACAAUUAAGUUUUAAAAAUAUGUGUAAACUAAAGCCAUUACUGUAUAAAUGGCUUGAAGAAGCUGAUUCUACCAGUUCCUCACCAAAUAGCGCUUUUGAAAAAAUGACAGGACAAGGUGGUCGUAAGAGGAAAAAGCGAACAUCAAUUGAGAAAAAUCCUAAGCCAAAUGCCCAAGAAAUUGCUCAGGUUGCAAUGGAGCUACAACUGGAAAAGGAAGUGGUUCGAGUGUGGUUUUGCAAUCGAAGACAAAAAGAGAAGCGAAUGACACCUCAGUAUGGUCAGGAACUUUUAUUAAAUCCUAAUAAUUAUCCACCGGAUACUUUUGUUUACACAUAG